AAUCGCGAGCCCUACCCGGAAAGAAGCCUCAGAGGACAGCGGUGUUCGGGUGCUGCAGAGAUACAUCUCAGAUGUCAGGCUAUGUCAUGUAAAGUCAGAGUAACAGCGGGUUUAAACUUUAAUUUUACCCAGUGAGACGCGUUUUACUCUCUGUCUUCCACUUUGGGCGCACACUGAGCAGCUGAAACGGGUAAGUUUUCGCGGAAUUAAUGUCUGCGUGCGUGUGUGUGUGCGCGUCUGUGGGGUGGGCGUUGUGGUCGGCAGAUAAUUUCAUCAUGAAACUUUAAUGUCAUCUCAACCUGAUGCUAAAUCAUGCAUUAUUGGCUGACGAAGUUCUCCGUACGGGUCGACAACUAAUGAAAUAACUGACAGACAGUUAAUCUACGGAACAUAGCCCGUUGAGCACCUGACGAAAUAAUGUAUCUAUGAUACAGGAUGGGUUCCACCUGUACGAAAUAAUGUAUCUAUGAUACAGGAUGGGUUCCACCUGUAUCUGAUCCUAUAGUAUCCAUAUCUAUCUAUCUAUCUAUCUCAUUCGGUUUGGGGAAUAACUGUACAUUUAAACAAAACGAAAUAUUUACACGAUUCAGGCCUACAUGGAACCAACAGUACUCGUUACAUUUCAAAUGCUCAGACAGGACAGCAAUAUGGUCCAAUUCAUGCACCUAUCAAAAUAACGCAUGGUCAUCCCUUCUGCCUCUUAUCUGGCAGACUUACUAAACACAAAUACUGCUUUUGUAAAUGAUGUAUGAGUGUUGGAGUGUGCUUCUGGCUGUCUGUAAAUCAUGCAGUCAGUAUGACAAUUGAGUACUUUUUCCACCACUGUACUUAAGUACAUUUAAAACCAGAUACUUUUGGGUGACUUUCACUUUUACUUGAGUCAUUUUCGAUUAAGGUAUCUGUACUUUUAUUCAAGUAUGACAAUUGAGUACUUUUUCCACCUCUUGUUACUGCUGCUAUGAUUAAUGCCCAAAAUAUAUUAUUUUUCUUAUAAGAAAAGCAUUGGCUGUGUGUUUCUUUAUUUCCUAAAACAAAAUGUUGUUCAUAUUGCUGUUCCAUAGGGGAAGUUGAAUUUGUAUGCUCAUGUGACCAGGUAGGUGCAACAACUGCACAGAUGAUGUCAUGAUGAUGUUAUGUCCUCAGCAUGUCAGUCUCUCUGACAGUUAGGUUAGGUUGUCCUGAUGUUCAUUCCCAUGUCACCCCCCCCCCCCUCUCUCUCUCUCUCUCUCUCUCUCUCUCUCUCUCUCUAUCUGGCCAGAUGAAAUGUGCCUGUAUGCAGAUCUGUUCAGUAGUCUAUAAUUUCCAGCUGUGGUGAAUCUGCUGGUUAGCAGCACAGCCUCAGGCUUUAGGCUUAGCUAGGUUGCCUCAAUAACGUCACAUGAAAAACUGCUGAGUGUGUGUGUGUGACAUGCCUUCUCUCUCUUCCUCCCUCUCUGACAAUUCACUACCAACUGGCUGUUAUUGUUGCUCUAAAAGGGGAUUUAGGGUUUCUGAAGAAUUGGAGACCUGUCUCAUUACUGUACUAGUAUGUUUGGAGUACAAUAUUAUUUCAAAAUGUCUUACAAAUAGACUCAACUUUUCUCUCCCCCCCUUCCAUCUCUCAGUGAUAUGUGGUAGCAGGCAGCAGUAUGCCGUACGUGGACAGGCAGAACCGUGUGUGUGGCUUUCUAGACAUCGAGGAGAAAGAGGGUAGCAACCGCUUCCAGAGACGCUACUUUAUACUGGACACACAGGGCAACACACUGCUGUGGUACAUGGACAACCCCCAGGUACACACAAACACAUGUCAUACUGCCUGUACAAACACGCAUGACCUCUGAUGUGUCUGAGGCAGAGUUGAGAAGAGUGUGUGUUCAGAUAGUGGUUGUGUUCUGCCACUAGCAGGGUAGAAACACACCUCUAAAGAGGAAGUGAGACUAGGAGUAGAAGUCUUCUCUGUGUCUUUAACUCUCUCUGCCUGCAGAAGUGUUUGUUAUAUUGACUGUUGUGUUACUGUAUUUAUUACAUUGGUGUGUUGUAUCUCUGCCUGUAGAACCUGCCCAGUGGAGCGAACUCAGUCGGGAGUCUGCAGCUGACAUAUAUCUCCAAGGUAACAAUACCCUAAAACAGAUGACUUAUUAAGGGCAAUGUUUUUGACUGAUUCCAGACUCAUCUUUUCUCUCUUGUCUUCUCCUCCUCUGUUUGGGGGUUAGGUGAGCGAGGCCACAGGGAAACAGAAGCCCAAGACUGAGUUCUGCUUCGGUGAGUAAAAGUGUGUAUGAGAGUGUAGGGUGUUCUCAUGGCCCUGGUGAAACACGUACAGUAAAAUGUGUUCCUAUGUUUAUCGUACCUGUUCUGUCCUCUUUGCAGUGAGCAAUGUUAUUAUAGCCUCUGUAUUUAUGUUCUGUAUUGCUAUAUAAUAUUAUAUAUUUCUAUGUAUAUCACUAUGUCUGCAGUGAUCAAUGCAGUAUCUCGGCGGUAUUUCCUCCAAGCCAACGAUGCUGCUGACCUCAGAGACUGGGUCCUUGCUCUCAACAAAGCCACCAAGAUCACUGUGAGUACCCCAACUCAUGUAGCAUCAAAUCAAAUCAACUUUUAACAUUCGGACAUCUAAUUAUUACACGUAUAACGUUUCAUUAAACUGAGACAUAGUGAUGUUGCAGAGGAGCGUGAUGCAAGACAAAGCACACUCACCAGAGCUGCUGGAAAAUGUGUGGCGAGACAGCAUCUGCCCCAGUACUUUUCAAUCUGGUGUGGUGCCGCCACACCACUUUCAAAGCAGCAGCACCGACUGGGCCAGUAACUUCUCAGUACAUUUUUGAGUUCCAGUUCAACAUUUACCUGCUCUGUCGCCAUCUACCAUUGAAGACUACAAGCAGAAAAGUUGUGCUAUUUGUAUUUGAGCAAUAUGAUUGGCCGUUCAUUCAAGCACCACUACGCUCCCGCGAGUCACCACUUCUCGGGCACUCGAGCAGUACAGAAGUUGAUAGCUACGUUCACACCGCAGACGUGAGCUGUCCUGAGCAAAAAUAAGCGCCCAUCAAUCUGCUUGCUGAGCUUAUUUAUUUUAGGGAAAGUGAUUCACCAAAGUAAACUUUCAAUAGUGAACACACUAGCAAUUUGCUGGCUACCAUUGAUGCAAAAGGAAAGCAAAAAAAAUUAACUUUGACAUUCGUCUUGGCUAGCCCGCUGUAGCUAGAUCGUUAUCUCUUUUCAAACACAAUUGUCUGAAAGGGGCAGCAUCCUAUUUUGAGAUGUGAAAGGCCCCAGAAAAGACACGUACAAAUUUUGCCACACCACUUUUGAACCUGUGGUGCCACCUCUGGCACUCAGAGUAUCACAGAGCAUGUGCACGGAUGCGCUUCAAUAGCUACAACUUGAUAGCUGAGAAUCAGAAAGAGCAGAGAUGUUUAGGUUUGCGCUUCACUACUCUUUGUUAUUGUGGAAAUGGGCCCAGUAUUGCUGUUUACUUUGUGCAUACAGUUACACUGUAAUAUAUUGGCACCCAUGCACUUUACAAUGGAGUGCAAUGGAGCAGAAUGUUCUGUUUUUCUCUUUUCAAAACUGGUUGAAUGGGUAUUUUUACCUUGUAGGCACCUGCAGCUGUUGUUGUGUAUUGUUAGAUAUUACUUCACUGUUGGAGCUAGGAAGACAAGCAUUUCGCUACACCUGCAAUAACAUUGCUAAAUAUGUGUAUGCGACCAAUAAAUACGAUUUGAUUUGAUUUGACCUGCAACUUCCCACAUGUGGAAUGAAUUACACAGUAAAUGAGAAUCACCUGCCUCCAACCAAAUUCAUUUGAAUUCUUCUGAAUUCUGAAUAAUUGUUGGUCCUUUGCAGUUGUAAAUCAAACAAAUGCACAUGUGAACCCCAAAGGUUAUUUCAGUUUCAACUUAUUUUAAAAGAAAUAGUGAAUUAUUUAAAAAAUAUAUAUAUUGUGCAAGGCUGCCAAUAUAUUAGAGCGUAACUGUGUCUGACUCUACCUUUUUGAUAUUGCAUUUAUAACUUAACACUAACAUUACACAGGUAACAUGUUAAUGUUUGAUUUCGGUAAACCUGUAGGUUAUGUGCAGCUGAAACUACAAUCACCUGAGUCACACUGACAGGAAGUGAUGUCACACAGAGUAUCUCACAAAAGUGAGUACACCCCUCACAUUUUUGUAAAUAUUUGAGUAUAUCUUUUCAUGUGACAACACUGAAGAAAUGACACUUUGCUACAAUGUAAAUUAGUGAGUGUACAGCUUGUAUAAUAGUGUAAAUUUGCUCUCCCCUCAAAAUAACACAACACACAGCCAUUAAUGUCUAAACCGCUGGCAACAAAAGUGAGUACACCCCUAAGUGAAAAUGUCCAAAUUGGGCCCAAUUAGCCAUUUUCCCUCCCCGGUGUCAUGUGACUCGUUAGUGUUACAAGGUCUCAGGUGUGAAUGGGGAGCAGGUGUGUUAAAUUUGGUGUCAUCGCUCUCACACUCCCUCAUACUGGUCACUGGAAGUUCAACAUGGCACCUCAUGGCAAAGAACUCUCUGAGGAUCUGAAAAAAAGAAUUGUUGCUCUACAUAAAGAUGGCCUGGGCUAUCAGAAGAUUGCCAAGACCCUGAAACUGAGCUGCAGCAUGGUGGCCAAGACCAUACAGCGGUUUAACAGGACAGGUUCCACUCAGAACAGGCCUCGCCAUGGUCGACCAAAGAAGUUGAGUGCACAUGCUCAGCGCCAUAUCCAGAGGUUGUCUUUGGGAAAUAGACGUAUGAGUGCUGCCAGCAUUGCUGCAGAGGUUGAAGGGGUGGGGGGUCAGCCUGUCAGUGCUCAGACCAUACGCUGCACACUGCAUCAAAUUGGUCUGCAUGGCUGUCGUCCCAGAAGGAAGACUCUUCUAAAGAUGAUGCACAAGAAAGCCCGCAAACAGUUUGCUGAAGACAAGCAGACUAAGGACAUGGAUUACUGGAACCAUGUCCUGUGGUCUGAUGAGACCAAGAUAAACUUAUUUGGUUCAGAUGGUGUCAAGCGUGUGUGGCGGCAACCAGGUGAGGAGUACAAAGACAAGUGUGUCUUGCCUACAGUCAAGCAUGGUGGUAGGAGUGUCAUGGUCUGGGGCUGCAUGAGUGCUGCCGGCACUGGGAAGCAACAGUUCAUUGAGGGAACCAUGAAUGCCAACAUGUACUGUGACAUACUGAAGCAGAGCAUGAUCCCCUCCCUUCGGAGACCCCAAACACACCUCCAAGACAACCACUGCCUUGCUAAAAAAAGCUGAGGGUAAAGGUGAUGGACUGGCCAAGCAUGUCUCCAGACCUAAACCCGAUUGAGCAUCUGUGGGGCAUCCUCAAACGGAAGGUGGAGGAGUGCAAGGUCUCUAACAUCCACCAGCUCCGUGAUGUCGUCAUGGAGGAGUGGAAGAGGACUCCAGUGGCAACCUGUGAAGCUCUGGUGAACUCCAUGCCCAAGAGGGUUAAGGCAGUGCUGGAAAAUGAUGGUGGCCACAAAAUAUUGACACUUUGGCCCCAAUUUGGACAUUUUCACUUAGGGGUGUACUCACAUUUGUUGCCAGCGGUUUAGACAUGAAUGGCUGUGUGUUGAGUUAUUUUGAGGGGACAGCAAAUUUACACUGUUAUACAAGCUGUACAAUCACUACUUUACUUUGUAGCAAAGAGUCAUUUCUUCAGUGUUGUCACAUGAAAAGAUAUACUCAAAUAUUUACAAAAUGUGAGGGGUGUACUCACUUUUGUGAGAUACUGUACAGGUAACUGCAAAAAUAAUGGAAACACUUGAGUAAAUGAGGAAUACAAAGUAUAUUGAAACCAAGUGCUUCCACACAGGUGUGGUUCCUGAGUUAAUUAAGCAAUUAACAUCCCAUCAUGCUUAAAGAAUAGGCAGGCCAUUAUGUUGGCUACCAUUGCUAUGCCCCCAUAGGAUGACAAUGUCCCUAUCCACAGGGCAUGAGUGGUCACUGAAUGGUUUGAUGAGAGCAUGAAAAUAAUGUAUGCCAUGGCCGUCUCAGUCAUCAGAUCUCAACCCAAUUGAACACUUGUGGGAGAUUCUGGAGCGGCGCCUGAGACAGCGUUUUCCACCGCCCAUCAAGAAAACACCAAAUUAUGGAAUUUCUCGUGGAAGAAUGGUGUCGCAUCCCUCCAAUAGAGUUCCAGACACUUGUAAAAUCUAUGCAUUCAAGCUGUACUGGCUUGUGAUUGCCCAAAGCCCUAUUAAGACACUGUAUGUUGGUGUUUUUCCUUUAUUUUGGCUGUUACCUGUAUAUAGCACUCGAGGAAGAAGUCUGUGGUCUCACAUUGAACUGUUUGGCCAGGGUGUACGCGCGCGCACACACACGCGCGCACACACACGCACACGCAUCUCAAAUAUGAGGAAAUGGUGAAACAGGACAGUGGGAGUUUGUUUUGAGGUUUCACAUAGCAGAUUCAAAACAAAUCACAUUUUAUUUGUCACAAAUGCGUUGAAUACAACAGACCUUACCGUGAAAUGCUUACUUACAAGCCCUUAACCGACAAUGCAUAGUAAGAAAAUAUUUGCUAAAUAAACUAAAGUAAAAAAAGUAACACAAUAAAAUAACAAUAACGAGGCUAUAUACAGGGGGUACCAAGUCAUUGUACGGGUUAGUCGAGGUAAUUGAGGUCACGUACAUUUAGGUAAGAAAAGUGUGUGUGUGUGUGUGUGUGUGUGUGUGUUGAAUCUUAUAUCCAGUCUGUGGGGGGGGCUUUCCACACUCACUGUUUUAACAGACUGCUGAUGUUUGUGCUGUGGAGCUGCACUAUAGAACUGACACACACACGCAAACUUCUCGACCACACAUUGGGGGGGGGGGGGGUUCAGAGAGUUUAAUGCUGAAUCAUGGAGGUCAUAAGGCCUGUAACUCCUCCCCUCCACACCACUACAGAAGGCUGAGAGCAGCAGUUACUGAUUACAUCCCAAUAAUCUCUUUUCUCUCUCUUUUUUUUUCUCCUGAAGUGUGCACUCGUUCACCACUUCCCACAAAUUUGAAAGCAUUGGAUUGGUGUAGGCAUGGCCUAGAGGGAGUUUCCAUAUACCAGUCAUUUUUCUUUCCAAUCCAUGAAGGGAGGUGAACAAGUGCACACUUCGGGAGAAAGGAGAGAUUAUUGGGACACUUCGGGAGAAAGGAGAGAUUAUUGGGACCUGUGUCCCAAUAGUCAUCACUGUGUGUGGCUCUGUGAGGCUGGAGUGUGGUUCUGCUCUGUUUCUUCUCUAUUGUCACCUGCCCUCACACAGGAAACACAGAUGCGCUUUCUCUCUUCCACUUCCUCUUUGGCUCCCCCUGAACUCCCCCUGAGGAAACCCUGUAGGGCUACAUGUGGGCCUUCUUUAUCUCAAAUAUCUUGUUUAUCACUCCAGAAAUGUUAUAUUAUAGUUUCAUGGUUUAUCAAUAAGUGAACGUUAAUGAUAAUGUAUUGUUGGCUAAAUGCUAGCUAUGGGUUUGGCUUAAUGCUCAAACUGUUGUUUUCUGUAGGUCCCUAAAGCUGGACCUCUCCAGCCCAGGUCAGAGGUUUCGCCGGUAACCGGUGAGGCAGGGGGGAAGAGGCAGGCCUACAAGACUGAGAUCAUCGGAGGAGUGGUGGUGCACACCCCCAUGUACCAGGUACUAUGUUCUAGUCCAAACACACCAUUGCCACGGUGACAGUGUUGGUGAUUGUGGUGGUGGUGAUGACGAUGGUCAGUGAGGGUGAUGAUGAUGUACAGUGAUGGUGAUAGUGAUGAUGGUUGUGAGGAUGAUGAUUGUGUGUGUGUUGCAGACUGAGGGGGAGGAGAUGGAGGUAGGGGACAGGAGGGUCAACUCUGUAGGCAUUAGACCAGGCGUGCUGAGGUGUGGCUACUGUGUCAAACAGGGUAACAUGGUGAGUACAAAUAAACACACACUAGCAAUGGUCAUCAAAAUUGUUAAAAGGUUUUAAUAAAUGCAACAGUUGGACAAUGGAUGAAGAUACUCCAAACCUUUUUGAAUUUUUAAAAUCCAUCGGAUAUUGACAGAAUAGUAGCACAUAAAACCUUUUACUGGCAUGGACAAAUAAUGAAUGAAGUUCAGGGAUUUUGGUGGGAAUUCAGGUAUUCAAUUUAUUGUCAAAUUUCACUUUUGUUUUCGUAGAAUGCACUCAUACAUUUUGUAAUGGUAUCAGGUAUUAGUAAAAAUAUUUUGUGUUUAAAAUAAAGAAAAGUGUGCCUCAUUUGCAUAAAUACAAUUGGUGUAUUUGCAUAUUUGAAUAGAUUAACGUAAAGGGGUCGCACAGGGCUGCAACCACCAAAAACGUGCUCUGUCUAGGCCUACCUGCACUCACCUGCGCUGUCUAGACUGCCUCAUAAAUUACUGUUGUCACAAUUCUGUUGCAUAAUUCAACAAGUGUGUCAAUAGCAGCAUACCCUCGGAUUAAAAAUCAACACGCUUGGCUUUAGAUUACCACUAUCUAUACAUGCACUACAUGGCCAAAAGUAUGUGGACACUGGAUCGUCGAUCAUCUCAUUCCAAAAUCAUGGGCAUUAAUAUGGAGUUGGUCCCCGCUUUGCUGCUAUAACAGCCUCCACUCUUCUUGGAAGGCUUUCUGCUAGAUGUUGGAACAUUGCAGCGGGGACUUGCUUCCAUUCAGCCACAAGAGCAUUAGUGCAGUCGGGCACUGAUGUUGGGCGAUUAGGCCUGGCUCGCAGUCAGCGUUCCAAUUCAUCCCAAAGGUGUUCGAUGGGAUUGAGGUCAGGGCUCUGUGCAGGCCAGUCAAGUUCUUCCACACCGAUCUCUACUAACCAUUUCUGUAUGGUCCUCGCUUUGUUGGAAGCACAGAAUCGUCUAGAAUGUCAUUGUAUGCUAUAGCGUUAAGAUUUCCCUUCACUGGAACUAAGGGGCCUAGCCCGAACCAUGAAAAACAGCCCCAGAGCAUUAUUCCUCCUCCACCAAACUUUACAGUUGGCACUAUGCAUUCAGGCAGGUAGCGUUCUCCUGGCAUCCGCCAAACCCAGAUUCGUCCGUCGGACUGCCAGAUGGUGAAGUGUGAUUCAUCACUCCAGAGAACGCGUUUCCACUGCUCCAGAGUCCAAUGGCGGCGAGCUUUACACCACUCCAGCUGACACUUGGCAUUGCACAUGGUGAUCUUAGUGAAGCUCCUGCUGAACAGUUCUUGUGCUGCCGUUGCUUCCAGAGGCAGUGUGGAACUCGGUAGUGAGUGUUGCAACCGAUGACAGACUAUUUUUAGGCGCUACGCGCUUCAGCCAGCGGUCCCGUUCUGUGAGCUUGUGUGGCCUACCACUUCGCGGCUGAGCCGUUGUUGCUCGUAGACGUUUCCACUUCACAAUAACAGCAUUUACAGUUGACGGGUAGCUCUAGCAGGGCAGAAAUUUGACAACCUGACUUGUUGGAAAGGUGGCAUCAUAUGACGAUGCCACGUUGAAAAUCACUGAGCUGAUUUUAUACACCUGUCAGCAACGGGUGUGGCUGAAAUAGCCAAAUCCACUAAUUGGAAGGGGUGUCCACAUACUUUUGUGUAUAUAUACACAGUAGUGUACUUUACAUUGUAUGCGAGAUCAGACAUAAUAUCACUAUAAUCCGAGUGUUCAUUUUCGGAAGUUGCUUUCAUUUCAGUGCAUCUAAUUUGUAAGCAUUUCAACUGUAUUAAAUUAUAACGUUUUUCAAUUCCACAAAAAAAUAUACACCCAUCAAAAUAAAGUUAUCUUUCUUGUGAUGUAAGUGUUGAGAAGAUGCGUUAAAUCCCAGUAUUUACCGGGUGUGUUUGACAGGACAUUACAAACAUUCUCUGCGGUCGUAAAGUUAACUGGAAAAAAGGACAGAGUAAAAUGAAAGCAAUCGAUCCAGAGAGAUUUAAGUGCCAAGUGGAUGUUGCACCCCUCAAACACAGGAAAUAGAUGGCUGAAAAAGACACAUCCUCAGGUAGGCGGGGCAUGUACGUUGCUACAUACAUACACACGCACACACACUUUUGAACUAAUCGGUUGUGUGUUUCAGAGGAAAAGCUGGAAAAGGCGUUUCUUCAUGCUGGACAACAAUGCUGUCAGUUACUACAAGUGUGAGACGGUGAGGUCAUAUCCUGUCUCUCCUCUCCCCUCUCCUCUGUGAGUGGUUCUGGGUGGUAACUGUUGCUGUUUAAACCCCAGUAAGGUGUAAUUACAGAUGUCCUCAAAUGGCUUUGGAGUAAAUUCAAACCAAGACAAUACAUCGUGGGAAAAACAUGUGUCCUCCAUGUUUAAGUCUUUGUUUCUGCUUUGGUGUGGUGUGUGCUUCAGUGUCCUGUGUGACAGAUGUGUUUCUGUCAGUGGAACAGAGUAAAGUUUGGGGUUUCUCUGAUAAACGAUGGCGUGUGUGUAACCUGUAUUUGAUAUGUAUUUCAGGAUAAGGAGCCGCUAAGAGCGGUUCUUCUGAGAGACAUUCAGAAGGUCCAUGAGUGUCUGGUCAAAUCUGGGUGAGAGUCACACUAUCUCUAUCACACACACACACACACACACACACAAUCUCGCUGUCUUACCUAGUCAUCUCUCUGUCAGGGACCUGCUGAUGAGGGAUAACCUGUUUGAGAUCAUCACCAGCUCUAGGGUUUUCUACGUCCAGGUAAGUGAGUGUGUACUUGUUUUCCUACCUUAUCAGGACCCCAAUGUCCUAACAAUUCACCCGAAUGGCCUUACAAGGUAGGAAAACAAGAACUUAAAAAAAAGUUUCCAUGUCCUGAAUCUGUUCAAAUGCUAUUUUAAGAUUAAGGUUUAGGGUUUUUGGGUUUAGAGUUAAGGUUAGGGUAAAAAUAAGAAUAAUUGUGUUUUAUGGCUAAAUACACUGGAUAAGUGUGGUGAAAUUUGUUGUUUUAAAGGGUCAGCCAUAGUAGUAUGGCACCGCUGGAGCAAAUUAGGGUUAAGUGCUUUGCUCAAGGGCACAUCGACAGAUUUUUCAUCUUGUCAACUCGGUUAUUUGAACCAGCAACCUUUCAGUUACUGGCCCAACGCUCUAACUGCUAGGCUACCUGCCUGGGGUUAAAGAAAAUAGCAUUUUGAAUGGUCAAACAAGUCCUGAAAUUUCACGAAAAUAAAGCUGUGUGUGUUCGUGCGCAUGUAUUGUCAUCAGCUGGGCUUCCCUCUGUGUUGACUACUCUCUGGCUUCAUGCUCUGUUGCUCAUGUGUGGCCUUAGUUCUGUUUUUGGACAAACGGAAGGUUUGUGCAAACACUAACCAUAAAACAACAACAUCUCUUGUCCCCCCAUGGGAGAACAGCUGACUAGGGGCAGGGGCCUUAGAUCUGAGAGAGGUAACUGUGUGUGCUUACUUUGUUGUUUAAGCGUAAUGUGUAAGCGUGUGCUGGUUUUGUUGCAGACAGACACUCCAGAGGACAUGCAGGGCUGGAUCAGAGACAUUGAGGGGAAGAUACAGGACUUCAGAGGCCCUGGCAAGGUAAAGGUGGAUUUAAAUGCCACUAACAGUUCCGACCAGUACUAUUAGUGGUCCUGAUGGCGCGCCCAUACAAGUGUCAUAGCACAUCAGGGAGAUGAGAAAUUCUGAUUCAGUGGGGGAAUCACAAAAUGGUGUCUCUUUCUUUCCCUCUCAGGGCUCUGCAUUCACACGUGGCUCCUCUCUGUAUCGCCCUGGUAACUCCUCACACCCACCCUCUGUGCUCCGUGGUCGUCAGGGAGAUGACAAGAGAUCCCCACUAGUGAAGUCAUGUUCCGUGGCCCCGGGGUGGCAGCCCUGGACCCCCGUACCACAAAGAGAGGCUCCCGCACUGAGCACACUAGAAAAGGACGGUCCCUUUAGCUCUCUGCUGCCCAGUCUCUCCUCUCUCUCUCUCUCCACCUCCUCCUCCACCUCCUCAUCUUUAUCCUCCCUCUCCACUCCCACCCCACAGGGGGUCCCAGCUCCAGCCAGUGGUGUGGGGGUCCCAGCCUGCCCAGCCUGCCCAGGCACCAUAGCCCCAGGCCCCUCCAGCAGCCGGAGGAGACACCGCUCUCAGCCUCAGCCCCCCACAGACCGCAGGUUCCCUUUCAGCCUGGACCACGAUGGCAUCCGCACCACCGACGUCUAG